AUGAAGGGCCAGACACAGUUUGGAAAGAAAGGAAAAUUAGCUCCACGUCAUAUUGGACCUUUUGAGGUUUUAAAGAAAAUUAGCCUAGUGGCUUACUGGAUUGCAUUACCAUCAGAGAUGGAGCAAGUGUACAAUGUAUUUCAUAUUUCUAUCCUACGAGGUUAUGCCUGGGGUCCUUCCCAUGUAAUUGAUUACCAGAGGUUAGUAAUUGAUGAGGAUUUGGAGUAUGAAGAGCGCCUCAUUCAAAUUAUUGACCAUCAAGUAAAACAACUCAAAAAUAAAGCAAUACCAAUGGUCAAGCUUGAGGAGGUUUAA